UAUCAGCGGUUUAAUCAAGACAAGCGGUCUAUAUUGAUAAGUAAACAAUUAUAAUUUUCCGUUAGAUUUAAAAAAAAUUUGAGUUAUCCUUUAUUCUUUGUUCUAAAUGUAUUUAAGUGACAAGGCCCCAUUGAGCUAUCACAUAAAAAAAUGUCAUCGUGCUCUACUGUACGCUGUGCAUGGCUUUGUUUUGUACGUGCAGAUUAAAAGAUAUUAAUACAUAGAGAGGUAUCAUAUAUGAAGUUUCUUAUGUGUAUGUGAUACAUGCACACUUGUAAGCGUAAGUGCUAUCGAGGCAACCGCUCGUAUGUGUGGACAAAGAAGCUCGUCUCCAGCUCUCACAUUUACUACAGCUAUCGCAGCUUUUAUUAUUCGUCCAUUUCAAUUAUCUCAUACGUUGAGAGACAGUGCUACGCCGGCCAAGUUGCAAUUGCAUAUGCAGCAUCGGUUCACGCUUUUUCGCUUAUUGUCCAAGCAGUCAAAACUCCAAUCGCGACGAGAACUCCAGAGUUUUGCUUUUCUGUCAGUGGUGUAUACGUGUCGUGUGAUAUGUGCGUGUGAGUGCCUCGAUCUGCAGCAGUCGGCACUCGCGGCGAGCCUCGACAAUUGACACUUCUUUGUGCUCGCAGCAGUCGGCUGACAGACUCGGCCAGCAGCCGUUGUCUGACUUUAUUACAGUUUACUCCACACCUCAAUUUUACUUGUACAAUAAACAAUAAUUACGGUAAAAAAAUAGACACCGCACUGAAAAUUGAAAUCUAUUCAGACAGCUAAGGCAGAGAAAGCACGUCGCUGUUAGCUGCUAGCUGCAAGUACGCAGGUUCAUCCUCGUACACGCGUUAAACUUCGUUCUCGCUUAUUUUGAUAAUGGCUGUACUAGUCUAACGCAUUUUUCGCAGUACAUUGUCGAGUUUCUCAACUUCCAUCGCUAACUGCAGUCAUUCUUCCUGGCUGCACUGGACGGUAGUUAAUACGCUGUGCGCGAUAUAUACAAAGACAAGUAUUCAUAGCUGACCUCGCAAGUCCGAGACGUCGUUUAUCAGCUCGAGACUCGAGACUAUUUUAACUCUCUUACCCAGUUAGCCCAGAGUUGAGAUUUCUAUACGCAUUUCAAUACUUCAACAACUGACACAUGUUUGUACUUGUAUAAGUCAACUUGACACUUCACCUAGUCCUCCAUCUCUUUUCGCACAUUAUACUCAGUUGCAUAAAACAACAUUUAAACAAACAAAUUUUUUAUUCUUAAAUACUUGUGUCUAUCCUAUUGUACCUACUUUGUUUUUUCGUCAGUUUUCGUUCGUUCAUUCGUUGCAACACUGCACACUUUCAAUCAAUGCGCUCAACUCUGUUCUAUCUGCAUAUGCGACGAUGACUAAGACCCGUCGCCACAAAAUUUGAAUUGCAAUUCUGUUCCUAGAGUCCACGACUUCUCAUUUUGUGCUAUAGAACUCAUGCAAGAUCAGUUUUCACUGACAUGAGUUGAACUUAUCAUCGUUUGUGCUGCAAAACAUGUCAAGAAUUGCAUACAGAGUUGCAGUUUUAACUUGUUCUCAACAACAAUAAAGUAAUACGUCUCCAUGUACACCAGUGAUAAAAAAAUUAUGCCUGUUCACCAAAUCAGUGUCAAUCCACCUGAUUGGCAUGCUACACAAUCAGUGGGUGCUGUUCGCACUAGCAGUUCUGGAUUAGAUGAGCAACCACCUGAAUGGACACCACAGGAACCGCCAUAUGUUCCAGUAGUAACAGUAAUUCCAGAUCAUUGUCGUUCAUCAGUUAGCACAUUGUCAUCUAGUAGCCACGAUAUAUGCAGGAUUUGUCAUUGUGAAGGUGAACCUGGUGCUCCUCUUUUAGCACCCUGUUAUUGCAGUGGAAGUCUACGUUAUGUUCAUCAAACGUGUCUUCAACAAUGGAUAAAGGCCUCUGAUACCCGUGCUUGUGAACUAUGUAAAUUCACUUUUAUAAUGCAUGCAAAGACAAAGCCAUUUUCAGAGUGGGAAAAACUAGAAAUGUCUGCCCCAGAAGUACGUAAAUUAUGGUGUGCAGUAGCUUUUCAUGCAGUAGCUGCUCUUUGUGUUGCCUGGUCAUUAUAUGUCUUAGUGGAACGAACUGUUGAAGAGGCUCGUAGAGGAUUUGUCGACUGGGGUUUUUGGAUGAAGCUGAUCAUUGUUGUGAUAGGUUCAACUGGAGGACUAGUUUUUAUGUAUAUUCAAUGUAGAACUUAUAUUUUGCUAUGUAGAAGAUGGAGAGCAUUUAAUAGGGUUAUAUUUAUUCAAAAUGCUCCAGAAAAGAUUGUUUUACCACCUUCUCCAACUAAUUCACUUCGUGAAGUUACAGUACCCUUGAAGGAUCCAACUGCUUCGAUGCCUGAACUAAAUCGAAGCUUAUUACCUCGAUCUGGCGAACCUCCUUGCGCUUCUCAAACUGUUAAGCCAGAUUUUAAUGUGGUUACGCAAAGACACGAUACACAACAAAAAAUAUACGUUUUUGAUAAACUUUCUUCAGCUGAAGAUAACUUUUAAUACAUAUACAUAUAUAUAUAUAUAUAUAUAUAUAUAUAUAAUUGUGAGAAAAAACCAGUGCGUCAUCGGCAAUUUAAUAUUUAAAACGAGAGAGAUGAAAGACAGCAUUUUACUUAUGAACAAACAAACAAACUAAAUAUGAAUUCAUAGUCACAAGUGGUGUUGAUAUUUAAAGUUGUUUUAUACUAUUUGAAUAUAAAAAGGAUUAGAUAGAUAGCAUUUUUGAGAUUAUUCACAAUCAUUACAAAACUCGUUUAUGAAAAUAUCAAUUUGAAUAAUCAAUCAGGAUAUUAUUUGAAUAUUUUUUUAUAGAUCAACAAAUUAU